GAAUAUUCACUGCAUCUAUUAAUACCGGAAUAUUCCCGUAUGAAUGGAACUGAGGCAAGCAGAGUAACGCCAGCAUUUAAGAGUGGCACAAGAAAUAACCCAGGCAACUAUCGGCCUAUAUCAAUUAUUCCAUGUGUUGCUAAAAUUUUUGAAACAAUCAUUUUCGAUCAACUACAUGGGUAUCUUGAUUCAAAUAAUUUGCUGAACACAUGCCAAUCUGGAUUUCGACCGUUUCAUAGUACCCUAACAGCGUUGCUAGAAGCCACAAGCGACUGGUCCAUGAAUAUUGACAAUAGCCUAAUUAACGGAGUUGUAUUUAUUGAUUUAAAGAAAGCUUUUGAUACGAUCGAUCAUCAAAUUAUCCUGCAAAAGCUUAAAAAUUAUGGUAUUGACGAAAACAGUCUUACCUGGUUUCAUUCAUAUCUCACUGAUAGAACUCAAAAGUGCCGGGUAAACGGUCAACUGUCAGAUUCUCAGUGCCAGUGGCCUGCGGUGUCCCUGUAG